GUGCAGUAUCAGUUGGACUGGUUAAGCGAAUACGUACGUACGGUCGAAUUCAAACAAAAAAUUUUCCGAAAUUUCACAUCAACACACAGCUUAUAGAAGUGGGGUUUUAGCACGGUGUCAUUGUUGUUGCUGUUUGCUUGCUUCGAAAUAGUUAACAGCUCGUGAAAGUUGGCGUUUGUGUGUGUGUGAGUGCGUGUGUUUGGUGUUUUUUCGAGGAGCGAGUGUGCGUGCGUGUUUUUCACUCUGAACGCGACCAACUGACUGAGUGAAUGGAUGAAUUUUUGUCCAGGGAGAAAAUUCAGGGAUAACAGAAAAAACAAAUAAACAAAUAUAAGUUAAAGCAAAUAAUUAAAGGCAAAAUUUAAAAAAAAAAUAAAACAAAAAAAAAACGAGCAAAGUUGAAAAAGUCCAAAGGGUCUUUGUUAAAAGGUUUCUUGAGAAAAAUCAAAAGAAAACAAAUCUCAAAAAGUGUGUCCCGCAAAAUAAACAAACUGAGCAAGUCAAACCAAAUACCAAGCCAUUGUCCUUUGCAAACAAACACAGAAAGUAAACCACCAAAGAACAUACAAGAAAACUCAACAAAAGAGAGAAAAGAAAACCAAAAACCAUCAACAAAUCCAUCCAUUUUCUCAAUAAACGUUGCGCUAAUUUUCAAUAAACCAAAUUUGGCUAGUAAAUAGCUACUUGAGCACUUUUUGUCAUACUUUCCCAACAAAAUUGUUUAAUAUUUGGAUACACUAAGGAGACGAAAACAAACACAAAACAAGUAGAAGUGAAAGUCUAGGUAUACACGAGUAGCUAAAAGUGCAACAAAAAUAAAGGAAAACGGUUUGCCAGCUUGUUCUGCUAAUUUUGCUGUCACCGUCAUUACACAGGUCAAUGGAGACAUGAAUCAUCAGGCAUCAACGUGCGGCAAAAUCCUGAUAUUCCUUUCGGUGUGUCUGGUCAUUUUGACAUUACCCUUCAGUUUAUUUGUGUGCUUCAAGGUGGUCCAGGAAUAUGAACGUGCUGUUAUCUUUCGUUUGGGCCGUUUAAUGCAGGGUGGAGCCAAAGGACCAGGCAUAUUUUUCAUACUGCCUUGCAUAGACUCAUAUGCGAGAGUGGAUUUACGUACCAGGACAUACGAUGUCCCUCCACAAGAGGUGUUGACAAAGGACAGCGUUACUGUGUCAGUGGAUGCCGUUGUCUAUUAUCGGGUCUCAAAUGCAACAGUCUCCAUAGCGAAUGUGGAAAAUGCACAUCACUCUACACGAUUGUUGGCGCAAACUACUCUCCGGAAUACAAUGGGCACCCAGCACUUGCAUGAGAUUUUGAGUGAGCGUAUGACAAUUUCCGACACGAUGCAGGUCCAAUUGGAUGAAGCUACCGACGCCUGGGGAAUUAAAGUGGAACGUGUUGAAAUUAAAGAUGUACGUCUACCCGUCCAAUUACAAAGAGCCAUGGCUGCUGAGGCAGAGGCAGCUCGUGAGGCUCGUGCCAAAGUUAUAGCCGCCGAAGGUGAACAGAAAGCCUCCAGAGCUUUGCGGGAAGCAUCAGAAGUUAUUGGUGACUCACCGGCAGCACUGCAAUUACGUUACUUACAGACAUUGAGUGCCAUAUCGGCUGAGAAGAACUCAACCAUUGUAUUCCCAUUGCCCAUUGAUCUGAUAACGUAUUUCCUGAAAUCGAAUGAUGCAGAUACAAUAAAAACCGCAGCUAAUACAGCUCAGGCCAUUGCUGACCGUGAGGCAGUACCGACGCCCAUAAUUGUUCCCUCCACAACAGCAGCAGCUGCAGCCAUUGCUGCCGCCACUGCACCCAUGGUUGCAGCACCCUCGAGUAGCAAUGCGAAUAAUGUCAACCAUGAGAAUGGCAUUGUAACAGCUGCGAUGUAAGUUUCCUGCGGGAGAGUGCUGUUGUCCAACAAAACAAAAAAAAGGCUUAGCAGCAGCAACAACAACAGCACUUGCUGCCAACAACAACAACCACAAGAAUAAUUGCCAGUUAUUCAGUGCAAAUAUUUGAGAGUACCCAAAUACAGCAACAACAACAAUAAAUACAAAUAAGAAGGCAUUUACUUACGUAUACAGAGGAAAGAACAUAACAGACUACCACUUACCAACAUCCCCCUCCCCCCGUUAUACCCAUAUUGCCCCAACCAACCUCUUGCCCUACCCCACCCUCACCAUAUACACUUUCUCGCAGGAUUCCUUCAAAAGGGAUCAUAAGGCCAAAAGAAAAAAGUAUCAUAAAAAAUUAUACGACAACACUUCACAAAUCCACAAAGAAGCUCUUUCAACCGGGACAAUACACAUAAACAAAAGCUGCAAACAAUAAACAUCGACAUCAUCAUCUUAUCCUGUUAACUGCAAACACUGUUACACCACACAUCCACAUACGCUAUUGCAUUUACCCAACCAUUGACACCUAUUUACAUACUCAUACACCACUAACACCUAUUUUAAUUUCAAAGGUUCAUAAAGGGGAGAGAGGUGGAAAUCUGAGACCAAUUGAGAGUUUAAUGAAAUUCAUGGAAUAUUUAAAGUUCAUUAAAUUAACAUAUAUACAUAUUACACACAUACAAACACAUCAGUGUUACCAUUUUGAUACAUUUCGAUUUUACGAUAUGGCGGUAAUGUUCACGAAUCAGAUUUUCAAUUGAAAAUAGCAUAAGCUAUGCAUUUGUAAUGUAGAACGUCGAGCAUACUAAACCGGCUAUGAGUGCAUCAAGCUCACCAGGCACGCCUCCUUG